GUUGGGAUGAGAUUCGCCGGAAGCCCAAGCUUCCGACUUCUGCUUCCGGGUCAGAGCCAUGGCGGUGGCAAAUUCAAGCCCUGUCAACCCCGUGGUGUUCUUUGAUGUCAGCAUUGGCGGCCAGGAAGUUGGCCGGAUGAAGAUCGAGCUCUUUGCAGACGUUGUGCCUAAGACAGCCGAGAACUUUAGGCAGUUCUGCACUGGGGAAUUCAGAAAAGAUGGGGUUCCUAUAGGAUACAAAGGAAGCACUUUCCACAGAGUCAUAAAGGAUUUCAUGAUUCAGGGUGGAGAUUUUGUUAAUGGAGAUGGUACUGGAGUUGCCAGUAUUUACCGGGGGCCAUUUGCAGAUGAAAAUUUUAAACUUAGACACUCAGCUCCAGGCCUGCUUUCCAUGGCAAAUAGUGGUCCCAGUACAAAUGGCUGCCAGUUCUUCAUCACCUGCUCUAAGUGUGAUUGGCUGGAUGGGAAGCACGUAGUGUUUGGUGAGUCCUACUCCUGUUCUAUGGUCCUGGGCCCAUUCACUCAAAGUGGGACUCCCAAAAGAGCCAGUCCCCGCACUCUCAUACCCAGAGGUCUUGACUUGUUUAACUGCUCUGUGCAGUACCCUUCUGCCACUAAUGUUCCCACAGGCCCUAACAAUAAGCCCAAGUUGCCUGUGGUGAUCUCACAGUGUGGGGAGAUGUAAUCCAGAGCAAGACGGAAUCAGACCUCCAUGUAUCUGCCAUUGUAGGCCUGCCCUUCUCUGGGUGAUGCUCAUGAGUAGGAAAAUCUGGAUUGGAUUGGCCCCUGUGUUUGCUUCCUGGCCUGCUGUUGCCCUGUUUGAUCAAGAAACCUUGGAAGUAUCACAAUUCAGAACCCAGGAUUUUCCAUGUUUUUCAACUGUAAAUAAAGUUUUUUUGUUUUAGUAUGUGUGUUGUUGUAAUGAUAGCCCCACUCCUCACAACGUAGCUUUAGGCCAUUGUGGACCUGGCUCUCCAACUGCAAGACCAGUGUGAACCAGAGCCCCAAAUUUAUAAGCAUUUCUAGCAUUCCCCCUUAGGUUCAAGCUGAUUGAGCAAAGAAGGCAAAGCCCCAGGGCCAAAGUGUUCCCAGCAGUAGGUUUAGUUUGGUAGUUCUGAAGCCUGUGGGAAGAGAAUCGCUAACUUGUGAUAUUUCUGGAUGGGAGACCAUUGGGUAGAAUGUAUCUUGAUCAUGACAAAGUGGGAAUAAUUUAGUCAAAAAUCUUGGUUUGAACCUUGGAUUGUUUUUAAAAAACAGUUCCAGUCUUGAGAAGUAUUAUCACUAUAAAAUGGGGAUAAUAAUACCUAUCUACUUCAUAGCAUUGUUGAAAGGGUCAAGUAAGAGAGUGGAUAUGAAGGUAGCUUGUAAACACAACAUGCCUUGCAAAUGUUAGUUUUAAAAGGAAACAACCCAAUAUAAAAAGUUCCCACAGUAUAAUGUUCAAGAGAUAAAGAGUUCCCUGAUGUUCCUUUCAUGAGGCAAUGUCUAUGUUCUCCCAUUUCUCCUUUCUCCUGACUCAGAUAGGAUGACUCAUAAGAACAGAGAGCUGAACUCUAUGACAAUAGAACCUGGUCAGAAGUGCCAUUUCAGUGUAUUGGCAGGAUAAGGAAGCUAGAGUAUAGAUAUCCACAACUCUACAGCUAAAUAAAUAGGGUUCAGGGGACAUAAUGAAGAAAGAACUGAUCACGUGACUAUACAGGGUGGAUUAUAAAGAGAAAGGAAGGAAAAUGAUCAGCUGGGAUCCUGAGCUGAUGUUCUUGUGAUGGGUUAUUCAGGUAACUGUCAGUUAUACUUGGCACCUGCAUUCUAUGCCAAUCUGCCCUGGGCACUGGAGCUGCAAUGAUGUGUAAGAUGUGUCCCAUGCUUGUGACAGGAGAUAGGCACAGUUUUGAUACAUGUGGUAUUAGAAUGUGACCCCUUAUGAGGGCAGGAAAUUUGGUCAAUACUUGUUUUGUUUACUGCUGUGUCCCCGGCCCCCAGUACCUAGUAAGUGCUCAAUAAACAUUUGUUGCAUGAA